AUGGAGCCUGUCGCUGACAUUUCCCCCCCGUCGUGCUUCGCCUCCUGCUCUGAGCUUCUGGGCGAGCUGAUUGGGGUCGACGGGAUCGCUGGCUCCGAUACUGCGGAGGACGAGACAGCCACCGCCAUCCCGUCGCCACCAGCCGACCUGGCGGCGCAACUGGCGCAAAGCACGCGGCUGCUGCUGCAGGCGGCGAGCGGUGCGUUCGGCGCGGCUGCCGGCAUGCCCGACUCCGCCGCCUCUUGCGACGGGGCGGAGGCCGCCGUCGUGGCGCGCCGAGAGGCGCUCGCCGCCGCGGCUCAGCGGGUGAUGCGACGCCUGCUCUGCGAGCUUCCGGCCGAUUCGGCUGGCGGCGCCUUCCACCCCGAGCCGGAGGCCCUCGCAGCGUACGUCGGCUCGCUCGGCGCCGCUGUGGCGCACGCACUCGCCUCGCUCGCCGCCGCCGGCGCGCAGCUGCGGACGGCCUCCGCCGUCGCAGCCGCGGCGAGAGACGCAGUGUCUGCCCUCUCGGGCAUGCGCCGCCGGCUCGGGCACCGCAAGCAGCUGCUGCUCCUGCUGCUCGUGGCGGGGAAGGCGCUGCGGCCGCUCCUCGACCUCGCCGCCGCCGCGGGGCGCUGGGCGCAGCUCCGCGAGACGGUUCGCGCGGUGGCGGCGUGCGUCUUCGCGUCGCUCUUUGACAAGAGCAGCACGCGCGAGUACGCGGCACUGCUGCAGGCGAGAGGACGCGAGACGCGGAUGGCUCUGCCAACCGGGCGCACCGCUCCCGCGGCCAACGGCAGCGCCGACGCCGAUGGCGCCGACGCGGCCUCAAGGCCGCCGCCCGCAGCAAAGGCGCCAUUCAGCGAAGAGCGCGAAAGAGCGACGCCGUGCCGGCGCGUCCCACAAUAUCGUACCGUCUCCGCGCUCUCCCCCGCAGGCGCAGGCGGCCAAGAAGCGCAAGCGCGGGGGAUGCUAGUGCUGCGGCUCGUCGAGACGCACGCGGCCGCCCGCCGCCUCCACCACUUGCUCGAGGGCCUCUGCGCGCAGGCGUACCGCCCGAGCGGGCUGCGGCCGCUGCUGCGGUGCGCGCACUUCUGCGCGGCGCUCGCGGCGGCGGUGGCGGCGUGCGAGCCGGCGCAGGCAGCGGAGCUCCUCGAGCCGCUGCUGCAGGCGCUGCAGCGCGCGAGCGACGCGGCGAGGGAGCGCCACGCCGCGGCGCGUGGCUCACUCCGCUGGGCCGAGCUCGCCGCUCUCUCUUCGCUGGUCAUUGAUUCGCUCCCCAUCCUGCCGACGACGGCGCCCGCGCUGCGCACGUGUUGCGUCGCCGUCGCGGCUAUCGCCAGCGGAGCGAGCGGCGCCGGCAGCGCGACGGAUGGGGCGUUUGGCGCAGGGGCGGCGGGUUCGUUGCUCCUGCACGCGGCGCUCGGCGUGGUCGCGCAGUCGCUGCGCGCGUCUGCGGGCGACCUCACGCGGGCGCGGGAGCUUGGGGCCCGACGCCGCUGCGCGAUGCCGCCGGCGGGCGAGGCCGCGGAUGCCUCAGAGGAGGAGGGCGGUGGUGCAGGGGCGGAGGCGGGCGGGACGGAGGACAGGGCCGCGGUGCGGCGCGCCCUGAAGCUGCUGCUGCGCUGGCGCGUCGCCGCUGAAGCGCACGGCAGCCGCGUCGAGGAGGCGCCGCUCUCAGCUGCAGCCGUGAGUCUUAGGCGCGCCCCUCUCGCCCGGCGAGCGGUCUCCCGCGCGGAGCGGUGGGACGGCACCGACUUUGGCGCGGCGGCGCUCAGCGGGGGCGCGGGCGGAGGAGGCGAGGGACGGAGCGAGGCCGAGGCCGGGCUUGUGGCGCAGUGGGCGCGCGAGCAGCGGAGGCGCGUGGCGGACCUCCUCUGGACGUCCCUCUGCACGGACGGGCCUCAAAACGGCAUGCGCGCCGAGCUGCUCCCAGCGGCGUGGCGCGCGGUGCAGGCGCGCCUUCCCUCCUCGGCGGGGGCGGGCGGCGGUGCUAAGGCCAGCCGCAGGCUCGCCUUCCUGCUGGCGCAAACGGAAGAGGCUGCGGGGGCAGCCUCCUCGGCCAGGGCCGGCGGUGAGGGGGCGCGGCGCGGAUGGGAGGAGCUUCUCGGCGGCAGCGCCAUCGCUGACUACUCCCAGGCCAAGGCCACGCGCGAGAUCACGCGGCUGCUGCGCGCGGUCGCGGGGCUGCCACCGCAGGCGCACCCGCCCGAGGCGGUGGCGUGGCUACUCCCCUCCGCACUCGUGUUGGCGCAGGCGGAGCAGCUGCUGGUUGCGUCGCUCGGCCUCGUGGCUGCGCUCUGCGCGGCGGUGCCGGAGGCCGGCGCGGCGCUGCCUCGCAAGGCACGUCACGCCGCCCCGCGGCCUAUCGACCGACCCACCACUCCACCACUCAGCGGGUUCGUCGCUCGUCGGCAGGCGCAUCGCGCGGUGCUGCGCUGGUGCUACGCGCUGCCGUCGCUCGCGCCGCACACGGCAGAAGGCUCUCUGUCUCGCGAUCACGGGAAGCGGCCCGUCCGAAUCGCGAGCCGCGUACCACUAGGCGCCGCGGCUCGCCGCUCUCGACCACGCGGUGAGCCGCCGCCCGACGUUGCGCUUCCCAUCCCGGUGUGA